UUAAAAGAAAAAAAGAAUCCUUGUUUUCACGCGACACUGAUUAAUAGCAAUCAGGGUCGCUCGCUAGUCCACAAUAUGAACAGUUCAGGUCUUUAUUUGCUUAUCAAAAGGAGACUGUAAGAAAGAACGAGCUGAGAGGGUCGGGAGACAAUGGUUACUGCUGGCAGAACCACCCAGUUUGCACUUUAUCUCUUGGGCUCCCUGGGCGUUGAUGGCAGCGCUUUCUCAGAAGCAAAACAUCAGGACAGACAAGCAGACGGCUGCUGUCAGCACUGCCGAGAGAGUAGUCGCUCCAGAAGGGGAAGCGUGAACCAAGGCUGGAGGUGGAGGAGGGGAGGGACAAAGGGCGGGAGGCAACGCCAGUGCAGGUGACACCAAGUUCGGCUUCUUCAACACGCUCUUGUCCGUUCGUGUUUCACCUCAGACGCUUCCCUCCUUCCCGCCUCGUUCAAAAAGGCAAAACAAAAACCAAGCCUGCAAAAAAGAACAACAAAACCCUCGAGGUUGUGGGGAGAUUAAAACGAAGAACGAGAAAUAAUAGUCCCCAGUUGCCUGAGGAGAGACGACCAGAGAGACAGGGCACUCGAGAGAGAGCUCCCGUGCGCAAAAACAAAAAAGCAGUAAAAAUGCACCUGAAAGACAAAGUGGCUCUGGUAACUGGGGCAGCGCAGGGCAUAGGCAAAGCCUUCGCCCAAGCGUUGCUGGAAAAGGGCUGCAAGGUAGCUCUUUUAGAUCUGAAUGCAGAACUAGGGAAAGAAAGCAAAGAUGCCUUUGACAACCAAUUUGAUGCACAGAGGACCAUCUUUAUUCCUUGUGAUGUUUCAAAUGAAGAAAAGCUAAAAGAUGCAUUUAAGAAGGUAGAUAUACAUUUUGGAAAGUUGGAUAUUGUGGUUAACAAUGCUGGAGUAAAUAAUGAAAAAAACUGGGAAAUCACUAUACAGAUUAACUUGAUUUCAGUGAUUAGAGGAACAUACAUUGGCUUAGAAUACAUGAAAACUCAAAAUGGACGCAAUGGAGGUGUUAUUGUUAAUGUAGCAUCACUAGCAGGACUUAUGCCUGCUGCAUUCCAACCAGUGUACUGUGCUUCAAAGCAUGGGGUAGUUGGAUUUACACGUUCAGUAGCUAUGGUUGCUGCAAUAGCAAACUAUGGAGUACGAAUAAAUACGAUCUGUCCUGCUUUUGUUAAUACAUCAAUUCUUCAAUCAAUUGAAAAGGAAGAAAAUAUGGGUCCAUAUGUAGGAUACAAAGAAGAGAUUAAAGAUAUGAUGAAAUUCUAUGGUGUAUUGGACCCAACACUAAUUGCCAAGGGAUUGAUACAAAUCCUUGAAGAUGAUUCAUUAAAUGGAACAGUUAUGAAGAUCACAACAAACCAAGGAAUUCAUUUUCAUGACUACAAUCCAGUACCAUUUCAAACAGAAAAGCAGUAAAUCCUAUUUUGUGACUGUUUUGAAGAAAAAUGUUAUUUUCAUCUUAAAAUGAUAUUUUUAGUUGUACAGCAAUGUUAACAAUGUCUCUGUGUUCUAAAUAUUGCUGUAAAUAUUCCUUAUGUGAAGGAUUAGAUAUACACAAACAUGAUUUUUGAUAUUAGAAACUUAAUAUUAGAAGCCUAAUUCUUAAUGUAAGGAGGGAGGCUUUUUAUCUAGCAGAAGAGUAAAGGGACCUAUUAAAUUUGGGGAUCUUUACAGGAGAUUGUGGGCUAUAGCAAAAAUAGUGCCAGACCUAAUUAGAAAUGCCAAUCCUGUCUUGCUUAAUUGGGGGAAUUAGUGAGACUGACAUGGACUAAAUUUAUGAAAUUCAGUAUUACCCAAAUUGCCAAUAUAUAAAAACACAGAAUAGUAAUGUAGUGAAUUUGAUACAAAGCAAAACACAGUCUGUUUCUAGAUUCAAUCCAUGGUGUGAAAUAUAGGAUAACAUCUUCAAAGAUAUGUGGAGCCAUAUUGUUCUAAACUUUGUAUUAUCAGCAGAUUGGAUUAGUACAGAUUUACAGGGGGAAAACAGUAUGAUAGCUUCUGUUUGUCAGUAACGUCAUGUUAACCAUGCAAAUUAAAAAGAGAUGUGAGUAGCACCAAACACACACUAAAUCACCAUGUAGAUGACCCUAAACCUUUCAAAACUGCGCUGAUUUUAACCACAAAUUUCAAAACUGCACUGAUAUUUGUUUGUUUACUUCUUAGAAAUUCAGAGCAACAUUGGGUACGAGGCUACUAGUACCUUAUAUUUUAAAAUCAAAAGAGGACCUAUUACAAGUUGCUGGUUGGUGGUGUUUUUUUUUUAAACAAACUUGUAAAGGGUUAACAUCAAGAGCUACUGAAUGAUAUUAUUAUUGAAGCCAGUGCUUUAGAAACCUUGAAAGUGGUCUGUGUAGUUACUGCAAACAAAAUACAUUUUCAAAUCAGUUUGGCUAUAUAGUUUAAGUUUCAGUCUGCUCAAAAUGGAAAUGGACUGCCUUCAAGUCUAUACUGACUUAUGACGACCCUAUGAAUAGGGUUUUCAUGGUAAGCGGUAUUCAGAGGGGGUUUACCAUAGCCUUCCUCUGAGGCUGAGAGGCAGUGACUGGCCCAAGGUCACCCAGUGAGCUUCAUGGCUGUGUGGAUUUGAACCCUGGUCUCCCAGGUCGUAGCUCAAGCAUACCUUUUCCCCCCAUAAUGUGAACAAGGUACUUUUGUUACACAAAAGGAAACAAUUGUCAUCCAUUAAUACUUAACAGAGUGACCAGUUCAUUUUCUUUUUUCUGUAGAAAAUAAUAUGCUGGGAGUGGGACUGCUUAAUUUUUUAGAAAGCGUCAUUUUUUUACUUCUAUCCCUCAAAAGCUACACAAUAAAUGCAAAAUACUUAAAAUGCUCAAAUGCACAAGCAAUGUUAGCAUUUUAAAAUGUUUCCUUCCCUUACAAUUUUCUCUAAAAUUCCAGAGGGCUCCAUUUGAAUGUGGAGCCACUUUUUUUACAGAACACUGUUUCAUUAUCCAUGAACAAAAGAGAUUUGAGGCUAGCACAAGGGCACCUUUGGAAUGGAUUGAACUCAACAACCUAAUAGAAAACCUUUGGAAACAUAAGAUUACAUUUUAUAUAGAUUGAAAACUUGUUAUAUCAGCAAGAUUCUAAGUACCUUUUGAUGAGAGUAGUCCUGGGGGUGAUGGUUGUCUUGUUUCUGGUGGAGUGACAAGUUCCGUGGAUGGAUCCACUAUUGUUUAGCCUACCCACGAGCCAUUAAUCAAUGUAUGGACACUGGGAACAAGUCCCCAAGCACCCUACUUUUUGUGUUAGGCUGUUGUGUGUCAGGCGAGAUUUUUUUUCUAAUUUUAUUAGAAAGGGCUGUUGCUGCACUAGCAGAAGAUGGUUAACCAAGAAGAACAAGGUUCUGUUGCAGAAGAUUUUCUGUUGCCCUGAAAUGCAUGUUAUAAUGAAAAAAGUUAAUUACAAAAAGAAGGCUCAUUACAAAAAGCAGUGGAGAAACACCUGCCUUGUAAAUUGAAUAUACCCUGCAAGUUAGAUUACGGUCGGAUUUACUGAUUUUGAUUUAUAAAUGUACAAACAUGCAAAGACAUAAUUUUAUCUGUAUAGGUUUGGGGUAGAUGGGUGUGCAAAAAUCUGUCUCAUAGCUUAUGUGGACUGUAUGACUAUUGUCUGCAAAACAUGCUAUUAAACAUGUUGAUUAAUAGAA